AUGUGCUACUACGAGAGCAGUUCACCUAGAACUUGUUUUCAACCUAUCAGGCAGAAUCAUUUCCUACAAGCUUUCCGACGUUUCUGUAGCAGAAAAUCUGUCCCUUACGUCAUGAUGUCAGACAACGCUAACACCUUCAUAUCAGCCUCAAAACAACUAAGAGAUUUGUUUCACUCACUCACAGUUACAGAAGAACUCAACAACAGAGGAAUUGAGUGGAAGAUGAUACCUAAACGCGCCCCUUGGUUUGGUGGAAUGUGGGAACGUCUCAUAGGUCUGACGAAAACAACAAUAAAGAAAGUGCUAGGACGGUCCUAUGUAACCUACGAAACUUUACAGACUGUAAUCACAGAAAUCGAGGCAAUGAUUAACGAUAGGCCGUUGACAUAUGUUUGUUCUGGUAAUUCAGAUGAACCGGAAGUACUUACACCAUCACACUUACUUUAUGGCAGACGAAUAACCAAACUCCCUUAUAAAGAUGUCCUUUCAUGUACUUUCCCUACGCCAAGUGACCGUUCGUCAGUUAUCAAUCAGGAUACGAUACAAACGAAGUUAAUUAACCACUUCCGGGAUAGAUGGCGUCACGAAUACCUGACAGUUUUACGAGAACGUCAUCAGACAACUGGCAAAAAUGACCAGACGAUAUCCGUUGGAGACGUUGUAUUAGUCCACGACGAUGUUCCCCGCUUAUUAUGGAAACUUGCUGUGGUUGAAGAACUCGUGCCAGGAAAAGAUGGACUUAUUCGAAGUGCUAAAAUUCGAACUCAAAAUGGACUCACAAGUCGCGCAAUUGUAAAACUUUACCCCCUCGAAAUGUAUUAA